AAUUAUGUAACCACUAUCGGAACGGUGAAUCUCGAUUGGAUGGUGGAAUAGUCCUUGAGAGUAGAUUCUGAUGGCUGCUGUAAAGAUGCGUCUUCAUUUUAGUGCCGGAGAUCAACGAAAACUGACUACGAAAUGAGGUAUUAUUUGCAAUUUUCCGUCGUCGUCGCUGUUCUAGUCAUUCAAGUAUUUUCACAAAGAUACCAAAGUAAUAAUUAUGUAAGCCAACCAAAUUUCGUGAGAGAAGCUCCACAAGUAAGCAAAUUCGCUGGAAGCUGUCCAGAGAAGGAUGGUCGUUACCCUACAUCAACAUGCGACGGGUACAUCGAAUGUAAAGAUGGUGUACCAGAAGAGAAACUGUGUCCAGAUGGUUUGCUCUUCAACCCAGCUACCGGACCACAAGCUUUCCCUUGUCAAUACCCAAUCGACGUAGACUGUUCUGGAAGAACACAAACUCAACCAGCUCAGGCAACAGAAGAAUGCCCUCAUCAAUUCGGUUACUAUAAAAUGGGCGACGCCAACAGCUGCGGCCAGUUCAAAAACUGCGUUGACGGUCGAGGCUUCAUCUUCGACUGUCCCGAAGGUCUCGCCUUCAACGAGGAAACGUACAGGUGCGACUGGCCCGACCAGGUGAAAUCCUGCGAUCCCGAAGCUUACUUGGGAUUCAGUUGUCCCCCGGCACCGAAGAGCUUCUUCGGCCAGGAGGAAUACCGCUUCUUCCGCUCGCCGAGCGAUUGCCAGAGGUAUUUCGUUUGCGUGGAAGGCAGACCACGUCUCUACAACUGCGGCGAGGGAAGAGCGUUCAACGAUUUGACCAACGAAUGCGACGGCAUCGAGAAUGUAACGGGUUGUGUCGGCGCUAAUUAUAACAGCAAUUUUAAGACUACCCCAGUACAGCUUAACAAUAAUAACUAUAGGAGGUUUUAAUAUUGUGUCAUACAAAAUAAAUUACUGAAAAAAUUACUGUUUUAUUUAUUUAUACUAUACUGAGCACGGCGUUCCAAUUUAUUUUAUUUUCAGUAGUGGCCAUUAUUAUAGAAA